AUGCCGUCCGGGUCUCCAUCCGACGCUGGCGAGCCGAGCCAGCUGCCGUCCUUUUACUCGCCUCGCACAUCGGCCGUCGAAGGCCACCAGCACGUCGACGACGACCUAUCACUAUCGUCGCACAGCCGUCGUGAUGCCCCCAGCGCAGCGCAGCCCCCGCCGCCGCCCUCUCUCCUGUCUCCGGCCUUCACCCCUCCCCAGACGCCGGGCACCCGCACGCCGACGACGGCCGGUCCACGAGGCGUGCCCGUCGACAGCUCCAUCCCCUCGGGCGGAUGCGGGCCCAACAAGCCGCGCCUGCUCCAGACACUGCCCACGGUACAAUGCAUCGUCCGCGCCCGGAUCCCCACUGUGACCGGGACCGAAAUGUUCUUGCACCUGUACACCAACGACGUCGACAACAAGGAGCACCUCGCCAUUGUGUUUGGGAAUCACAUCCGGAGCAGCAGCCUCGAUGCGCCUCGCGAGGGCGAGACGGAGAUGGAUCGCAUGGUCAGAGGCGCAUAUACCGGAAGGCUGUACCCCGGGCGGACGACGAGCGGCAUGGUGACGGCCAACGCGUCACGCGACGAGGCGGAGGCGUCCCGUCCGGCAGAUCCGCCGCUGGUGCGGAUCCAUUCCGAGUGCUAUACGGGGGAGACGGCGUGGUCGGCACGGUGCGACUGCGGCGAGCAGCUCGACGAGGCGGCGCGGCUGAUGGGGCUGCCGGGCAACACGAGCGGCGGCAUCAUCAUCUACCUGCGGCAAGAAGGUCGGGGCAUCGGUCUCGGGGAGAAACUCAAGGCCUACAACCUGCAGGACCUGGGGUCGGAUACGGUCGAGGCGAAUCUGCUGCUGCGGCAUCCCGCCGACGCGAGGAGCUACGGGCUGGCCACGGCGAUGCUGCGCGACCUGAGCCAAACGGACGUGCGGCUCCUCACCAACAACCCGGAUAAGAUCCGCGCCGUCGAGGGCCCCAACAGAGAGGUUGUCGUCAAGGAGCGGGUGGCCAUGGUGCCGCUGUCGUGGAAGGGCCAGGGGGGGUUCCGAAGCCAGGAGGUGGAAGGAUACUUGAAGACCAAGAUUGAAAAGAUGGGCCACAUGUUGGACAUGGGGCGAGAGUUAUAG